AUGGCACCACUGCCAGCUGCUCGAAUAACUCCGGCUCGUGCAUUUGAACGCACUGGCGUGGACUACGCCAGACCCUUCAACAUAUUCUCGGCCAAGGGACGAGGCCUCCGCGCUAGUAAGGGCUACGUUGCCGUGUUUGUCUGCAUGGCCUCAAAGCUUCAUGACGCCAUCCAAGAUGCUGAAUUGCGCUGGGAUAGUAUCGCUGGGUUGUUGGCCGAUCAAGGAAUAUCUUGGAGAUUUAUCCACCCUAGAGCCCCACACUUCGGAGAACUUUGGAAAGCUAACGUCAAGGCUAUGAAAAGCCAUCUCCACCGCACCAUCGGACCUCGCAAUCUCACCUACGAGAAGUUUUCCACUGUCCUAACUAGCAUCGAAGCCGUUCUCAACAGCCGUCCGCUCACACCGUUCACAGGAGGCCCGGACGAUCUGAAGGCUCUCACCCCUGGACAUUUUCUAGUCAACGGAUCUCUAGCCUCUAUCAUCGACUCCAGCUCUACGACUCAGAAUCUCGAUUGCCUCACGCAUUGGGAGCUUGUACGCGGCAUCAGAGUCAAAUUUUGGACUCGCUGGAGCCACGAGUACCUAAACACACUCCAACAACGGCCCAAAUGGAAGGUCCUUUGGCGAAAUUUCCAGAUCAACGACGUCGUCGCAGUAUUUAAUCCCACCCUCCUCUAG